AUGUUGGGAGCCAGGAGAGUUGUUCCUAGAGAGGAUCUGGGAGGCUCGGAGCCGAGCCCUGGUGCCUCUACGCUUCCCACGGCGGCGGCGUUUCCAUUGGCGACCGGCCAAGCCGUGGACAGUGAUGAGGAAGGCCGGGACUUCCUCAAACAGUCGGCCAAAGGUUUGACUGAACUCCGGAGUCAAAUGUCGAGAAACCCCCGCACUCGUUCGAAGAGCCAGAAGGGUGAAGCUAUCAUAAUGAAUGAUCGAGUCAGGAAGAGCAUCACAGGAUCAGGUGUGGUGAACACUGUCUCCAAGCUAACCAAGAUGUGUACACUGCGUCUCACAAAGGAAAAACUGUUUUUUAUGCUUACUGACAAAGUAGCCAAUGGUGGUGUCAGCAUGUGGUCUGAACUGUUACAGGAAAACUUUUUUGAUGAAUUUCAGAUAGAAGGUAUUUCAUUAGAAUAUAAUGAGAUAUACUUAGAACUGGCUCCUGAAAACCUCUCCAGAGCUUUAAAAACAGCCCAUAAUGCUAAAUCAGUGAAGAUCAAACUGACAAAAAAACACUGCCCUUGCAUCACUAUAGCAGUUGAACUGCCAUCUUUAUCAAGCAUCAGUCGAGUUGUCACACAUGACAUACCUGUGGAAUUGAUCUCCAGACGACUGUGGAAUGACUUCAGAGAACCCAGUGUGCCAGAUUUUGAUGUCAGCAUAUAUCUACCUCCUUUGAAGACAGUGAAGAAUGUUUUGGAUCGAAUGAGAAAUCUUUGUCAUGUUCUUGUAUUGGAAGCAAAUAUGAAUGGGGAGAUGAAUCUGAAAAUUGACACAGAUUUAGUGUCAGUUUCCACACAUUUUAGAGACCUUGGAAAUCCUCCUUUCAGGGAAGGAACUUCUCGUCAUUUUCAAGGCCAAGACCAAGACCCCGAAUCCUUGACUGAAGUGAAAGUUGAUAUAAGAAAGUUUCAGCAGUUUCUUGCAGGCCAGCAAGUUAAUCCAGACAAAGCAAUAUGCAAUAUUGCCAGCAAAAGGAUGAUUCAUAUUAUUUUGCUUCAUGAAGAUGUAUCUCUGCAAUACUUUAUUCCAGCCAUUCUUUAAUUUUUAUUGAACACUAAAGUACUUUCCAAAAACAGUGCAAUAUGGAAUCUUAUUAAAUUUAUUAUAUUUUAAUAUAGUUAUUGUCAUUUUUAAAGUGAUGCUUUAAGAUGUCUUGAAUGUGAUUAACCACCAUAAGCAUAUACAACGUGUAUAUAGGUGAAAGGAACACAUAUUUGCAAAUGCAAAAGGACCAGCUUGAGAAUAUAUAAUGCAAACAGCAGUAAGUGCUAAUCACAAAUAUUGCUGAUUUAAAGAUUGAUUUAUAAUAAACACAUUUGUUAAGAAAGUGAUAAAUGGGUGUAAUAGCCUUAUUGAAUUUGCUAUUUUGAUGUUAAUUUGGGUAUUAAACAUAAGCUAUAUUAUUUAAUGAUUUGCUCACUCACAAUUAUUCAGCCUUUCCAUGUUUAAAUGCAGUUU